CCGUACGCGCACGGCCCGUCGGUGCGCAAGCUCUCCAAGAUCGCCACGCUGCUGCUGGCCAAGAACUACAUCCUCAUGCAGGCGCAGGCGCUGGAUGAGAUGCGGCGCCUGGUGGCCUACCUCAACCAGGGCCCGGGCCUGGCCGCGCCCGUGGCCGCCGCGCCGCUGCCGCCUUUCGGCCAGGCCGCUGUGUGCCCGUUCUCUACCGGCGCCCCGCUGGGGCCCUGCCCGGACAAGUGCGCCGCCUUCUCCGGGGCGCCCUCGGCGCUCUGCAAGCACUGCAGCGAGAAGCCGUGA